GACUCGUUGGUGAACCAUGGCUCAGCCGCAAGCGCAGAAGCAGCCCAGUUGGUGGCAGAGGAUCUUUACCACUGCUCCAAGGGGACAGUAUGCUGUGGAUGAAAAGCAGCAGAAUGUGAAGGAGAAGGAGUUCAUCAUCAUGAGAUGGAAUCUCUUGUUCUUGGUGUUUGAUUUCAUCAUCAUUCCCCUCCCACUGUGGAUCGACAUCUUUUGCCCCAUUUUUGCCGCCAUCUAUGGCCUCUUUGUCGGAUGGCUGGGAGCAUUCCUAUUGACAGUUUGUGCUUUGCGUUCUCUGCAGGCCAACUUUCUUAUGAAGAGGGUGGUGGAUGAGACUUGGGAGGACAAGAUCCCCAGAAACACGGAAGAGGAGAGGCGUUUGGCAGACAACCUGCAACACCUGGUGAUGAUGUGCGGCUACAAGGAGCCAAUGGAAGUGAUCUGCCAAUCCAUCGAUUCGCUCGCAGCCCAGACGGCGGCUCACCGCCUGAUUGUGGUGAUUGGCUUGGAGGAGGGGACCCCUGAUGUGGCUGAGAAAGCUGCAAGGUUGAAAGAGCGCUAUGCCAGAUCCUUCAAGCGAUUCCAUGUGACCAAGCAUCCCAAGCAGUGGGCUGGAGGUCGCGAGAUCCGAGGCAAAUGCUCAAAUGCCAACUACACCAUGCGUGCUGCGGUCACCCGCUUGGAAGAGUACGGUGACUUAGAUCUCAGUUGCACCACAGCCACGAGUUGUGACACGGACUCUAUCUUUGCACCACGCUACUUUGAGAACCUGGGGUACCAGUUCCUUACCUCCCCAAAAGCCAAAGAGGUUGUUUGGCAGGCGCCGCUCUACUACAAUCACUUCUUGAAUGAGCGGCCCUUCUAUGUUCGUGCUAUUGGCAUCAUGCGUGCUGCUUACAUGUUGGGAUUCUUGAUCCCUUUCAACAUCAACACCAUGUCCAUCUUCAGCUUUUCUCUGGAUCUCUGCAUCAAGGGCGAGUUCUUCCAUGCGCACUAUCAGAUGGAUGACAUCAUCUACACCCUGACCUGCAUGCAAGCCCUGCAGAAGCGAGUUGAGAUCCUCAUGAUUCCUAUGCCUGUGAUUUCUGGUCCAACCUCAGGCACGAGCCAAUGGGAAGAGUUCAGCGAAUGGUUCCGACAGAGUGAACGUUGGACCAUUGGUGCUUGCGAGGUUUUCCACUACUUUGUAGUGAAGCGAAGGCGUUACAACUGCUCUGCAGCCUUGUCUUACGGCACUUGGUUUGUGAUCUACUAUGGUUUCAUUUUGUGCUCCCUGACGCUUACUGGACUUGCAGGCUUCAUCAACUACGCCUUAAUCAAUGCCAAACACGACACCAUUGAUCGGCCAAAUGACUGGCCAGCUGCCUUUGGAUGAUGCAGCCAACACUGGCGUGAUGAUUGCCGGCUUUUCCAGCCUUGCUUGGACCUACCUAGUCUUCUUGAUUUUCUUCUACCUUGACCGUGAAGGGUGCAAACUCAUUUACCACUUGAAGAUGAAGCCGCAGGGUGCUGAGGAUACCAGCUUUUGCCAGAACCUCAAAGACUGGAUUCUGAUGUGGCCCAGUUUGGUUAUGUAUUCCAUGGUCAGCUACUGGGCUAUCCUGAAAGUGGCUGUCUAUGGCAAGAAGGUGUGCGGCCAUGAUCCUUCCAGCAAGGAAGGCCUCAAGGCUGGGCAAGGCAUGACAUCGGAAGAGUCUGCUGAAGUCUCAACGGCGAUCGACAGCGCAGACAUUUCUGAAGCUGGCCGUGCCUGAAAGGGAGCGAUGCCUCUCUGACGGCAAUUGAGAUUCUCACAGAUGCUCUAAGACCUCUUAAGAAAGAGGCUACUCACAUUGGUUCACCAAGCUGUCAGUCAGCUGCUCUAUGAAAAUUGUUUUCGCAAGCUUUCGCCUUUGUAUAGCAGCCAAAGGGCGUGCCUAGGAAAUUCAGUGACCCGUGUGACGCGACGAGUGCGUCUAAGCUCACCCCAAACAUGUAAAGGCUGGGGAUAGGCGGCACGGAUUCCAACAUUCAAUGCAUUCGGUUG